GGGGAGGUCCAGUCUAAGUACAGUAGGUACUGUAUGUUAGUAGGCCUAACUAAUAUUGAAAACUUCGAGAACUGCUCACUGGCCUGAUUAUGACAAUGAAAACUGAAGAUAGUUAUAAUGUCAGCUCACUGCCACCUAUCCUAGACUCAUACACAUCAGCACAGUGUCCCGAAAAGGCAGCCGGUCAGAGGCAGAGGAGACAACAAAGCCCCAGCAGAACUGGCAAGAUGCAGAUGGCGAUGACUUCUGCUCAUGCUGAAGAUUCUGAUCAAAUGCUUGAGAGAAAACGAAAAGCUCUUCUAGAUCAGCGCCAUCUGAAGACAUACUACAGACUACAGCGUGUGAAAGACGUGCUUUCAUACCAGCAUGCUACACGUCUGAGGGAAAAGGUUCAAAGACAAAGACAAGAGAUGAAGCACCAUGAUUCCAAACUUAAAGAAGGACACAUAAAACAGAAGCUUUUGACCAUUCAGAGGGCCACCAGAUCAACCCUCACACACGAUGAUGUAUACUUGAAGUGUCUUCCUAAAACACGCUUCUACCUGGUUCUGGAACUGCAGAAACAGCUGACACGACUCGGGUAUCUUCAGAGCCGCGGGGAACAGGAGGUGUUCAGGGUCUGGACAGAACAGCACCGAAGCACAUGUCAACUUGAGAGGCAACUACAAGCAUUGGAACACAGCAGUAGUCCCAGUUCAGAUGUUACUCUUGAGAACCUGCUGAAACAGAAGCCUGGCUCUCUGCCGAAACUUCAGAUCACACCUGAUGACUCCACAGCACAACACCAACAUAUGCCAGUCUCACCAAGAGGAAAUGAAGGAGAGGCGAACACUUUCCAACAACAAGGCAAACAGAGCUGUGGACAAGAAAAAACUGAGCUCAUGUUUCCUGAGGUAUUCACUCGGGAGCUCAAAGUGCCUAAAUUUUCCAGUUUGCGGUCCACCUUUCUGGAAGAAGUCAGCUCCAAGAUGCUUCUUAUGAAAAUCUAUGAGCCACCAAUCUGGUCAAAGACCUUUGACAUUAAACACAAAACGAGAUUCAUGCACAACCUCUCGCUCUCUCAUAUGGCUGACACUCAGAGAAUUAUGGCAAAAAAUGGACUCAGUCUGCAAUGCACAGAUGGUUUGAGCAUUAAAGAAUUGAUGGAGCAUGAAUGUCCCCACAACAUCCAAACUCUGAAGUCCAGAUAUCCCACAGAGCCUGACUUUACACACCUGAGUGAUAAAGGAACUGAGAGCCCAGAAUGCUUCACCGAGAGUCCAAAUACUAAUUUCUCACCAAGUCUCCAUCUAGCUGGGAAAGGCACAGAUGAAUCCCCAUCUAGUUCUGCUAAAGACACUCAAUCAUCAUAUAUCGACAUGCCUCUAUGCAUAACUGACAUCUAUACUAGUCAUGUUGUUCAGGUAAUGUAUGUGUUUUAUACACCAUAUUGUUUCUAUGAUAAAAUAGAUACAAACCAACUAACCAACCACACAAUAAUACAAUAAUAAUAAUAAUAAUUCAAAAUUAGAUUUCUUCAACAGUUAACUGCAGUUUUACUUUGUUUCAGGUGGAAAACUCUGAAGUGAAGAUGUGGUCAAAUUACACAUGUUGAUUUGUCACUUUGAAACAAACUUUUAGAAUAAAUGUACAAAAACUUGUACCUUUAGGGACACCUUCUUUACCACUAAAGGGUGCUUAUUACUUUAGAGUAGUAAUAGUAGGCUACUCUUAUUAUACUAUUACGAACCCUUUAG